UCGUCCCAGUCCUUCUCCCGUCUCUUGAUCGAAGUCAACCUCGACCCAAGACCAAACCAAACAGCCUACACCCCACCGUUCCACAACACCAACGUAAAGCAGACACUCAUCUAUAGCCAAGCCACCACCAUGUCCUCAGCUGAGGCUUUCCCUCCCUCCAUGGGAAGGGGAUCGGAACACGCCAACGAUACCAACAAGACCGCCAACGGCAAGAUCGACAGCAAGCCGAAUGACAAACACCACGCCGAACCUAACAGUAAACAUGCCGCCUCGGAGUCUCACGGCAAGUCUCACACCAGCGAGCCCAACAGCAGCAGCAAGAGCAGCACCAGUGGCAGCAAGACCGCGCCGUCCUCCUCCUCCUCCUCCUUGGGCUCUCGGAACCCUCAAGACCUGAUCCAGCGGGGUGUGUACAAGUCCAACCUGCUGGGCACCGCCACCUUCAUCGGCCUUCGCGCGCUCGACCCGCUGCUACAGUACAAGUUACUCGCGGGCGACUGGGGCACGCGCCUGCUGUCCAAGCUGAACAUCUCGUCGAUCCCGCUGUACGACUACGUGUUGGAGACGACUACUGCGGAGGGAACCAAGGCGUCCAUCAUCCGGCACCUCCCCCUACCGCGCCUUUUGCUGUUGCUCAUGUCUGCGGGAUCCAGUCUCAAGCAGAUCUACUGGCUUUUGAGUCUAUCGCGCGAGGAACUUACCCCUGCUGCGGCGGUGGAGGUGUCGCUGUUCAACACGGUCGUCAACACCAUGGGUUCCUUGCUGUUGUUGAGCACCUCGACUUCGGCCGCCCUCUCAACCCCGCGCAUCACCAUCCCCUUCACUUUCGACUCAGCCACGGGCACGUACAUGUCCCUGCCGCUGCCCAUCGCCCUCGGCACGGUCAUGUACGUGACGGGCAUGGCGAUCGAGACCCUCACGGAGCGCACGCGCAAGAAGUUCAAGGAUGACGAGGCCAAUGAGGGCAAGAUCUGCCGCGAAGGGCUCUGGAAUAAGGCGCGUCACAUCAACUAUGGCGGGUAUACGCUGUGGAGGGCCGGGUACGCGAUGGCGGCGGGCGGCUGGAUCCCGGCCCUGGGCGUGGCGGCGUUCCAUAUCUGGCACUUUGUUAGCAGGAGCACGGUGUACAUGAGCGAGUACAUGCAGAGCAGGUAUGGGGAGCAGUGGGAACGAUACAAGAAGGAGGUUCCGUAUUCUUUGUUUCCUGGUCUUUACUGA